AUUAUCAGCACCCUAAGCAAAUGAAAAGCAAUGUAAGUUUUCCACAUAAAUAGGUGUAUUACUUUCUAUGGGCCUGUAGGUAAGAAAUGUAAAAUUUAAAAUACUGCCUUCAUGUCUUUACUUGAGAUGCAGAGUUCUGCAUUCAUGCUCCUUUUCUGAACCCCUGUGCUUUGUAUAUACACGUGUCCAUAACAGUCAAGUCUGAGAACUGCAAGAGCUCUAACAUCAGCUCACUAAAUAAGAUGCACUAAUACAUCCACACCAGAUGGCAUAAAACUCAGCCAUUUCCCCCAACCAGCCAUAGACAAACUUAGGAUAGAAAACUGGCUGCCACUUGCAUCUUUGAGGAUAACACUGGAUUAUACUGCUCGUGUUCAUGGCCAUGCUCUUACAUUCUUACUCUACCUUCAGCAACUUGAAACGCGAUGCUGGGACAAUGAAGUGUCUGUUCUGUUUCUUUGUGCAAAUGCUGCAACUGUAAAAGAAAAAGCAGACCUUUCUAGAAGCAGCCAACAAGUUGUAGUACAGCAAUCAGAUCUAGCAUGGACCUCUUGACAACAGAAAUCCCACUGACAGCUAAAAUGGCUCCUGGUUGGCAUCACAGAGGUGUUUCUUUGCUAUCCAGCUGGAAAACCUCACCCCAGAAGCCACAUGCUAAAUCAGCUCAGACGCAGCAGAGAGAACGUGAACAAAGAGAGCUCCUUCACUGCAGUGCAGCUUGGAGCAGAUCCAAAAGACUCACACGCAGGAGGCAGACUGAAAAGAUGCAGACAAGCUUCCCUCCUCCUGUGAAGAUGAUUUUGAGCUGCUACUCCUUAUAGUGGCUACAGAUCAAUGCUGUAAUUAAAUUACAAACACAUCUCCAUGUUUCUGUUUGCUGUGGUGACCUCUCAGCUGGCAGCGAUUCCUUUCCCAGCAAGCUGCACAUUCUCCUUCCUCUGGGUAAGCUAUUAAAACCAGAUGUGCAGGAAGGACUCUGUUAUGAUGCACUUUUGUGGGCUGAUUUCAUUCCUUGGCUGGAAUGGUGGCCUGACUCCCAUGAAAGCUGGGGGAAAAGCCCAAGAAGAUUUAAACCUGUAAGUCUGAGCUAAACUCCUGGGCCUGAAUCUAUGUCUGUUGAUAUCACAGUAAAUUAAGUGUAACACGAUUAAAGCAAACUGAACUAAAUCAGUGCAAGGCUGGAGUGAGGGAUAAGAGAGAGGAGAUUUGGUCUUUCAUUUAUCUGCAUCUGUUUGUUCUUUAUAGGCUAUUCUGUGGGUCCUAAUAAAUCAUUAAGCCUGGAAAGAAUAAGUAGCUUUGCGUUUUUCAUGGACCAGCUUGAUUUUGAAACACAGGAAUCUGAGAAACAAGCUUGUGAUCUCAUGCAAAACCAUGAAGGAGGAAAAGGCACCCUGCCAUUUAAUGGGUGUAUUCAUAGGAAGGUCAUCUCACACCCUGCAUCUGACUCAAAGCAGAAGCCAUCUGGGAAUGUUUCUGUGGGUGACAACCACGUUCCAAGAAGCCUCACAUCAUCCUGCAGUCCUAUUGGAUGAGGAUCGCUUUAGGCUCUCUUUUGGCUUGUAGUAGGUUUGGAAGAAGAAAGCCACAGCCAGAGUUCAGUGUGUCAUGAUGUGGCACCCCUUCUCAAUGUUUUUGGACCAAUGAUUAACUUUAGUUUGCACUUUUGAGAUUUCUUGUGGAAUGUGCCCCUGCUAUCAAGCUGUUGAUUAGAAGAGCUCUUUACCAUUUUGUUAGUUAAUAAGAUUCUCUAGAUGAGCUCUAGAUCACAUAAAUGGCUUUGUAAACCAUCAGUCCUCUAUGGAGUACAGAUGAGAAUCACUCUACAGCAACAUUGUGCUGGGGGAAGGCUGCUCAGACUGUUGGUGCUGAAUGUCAUCCUGCACGAUGCUGCGGGAAAUAACGAUCACGCUGCCUCCUCAGGCCUCAGUUCUGUUAGGAGUGGGAGAGAAAAAACUAAGACACUUGGUGUGGGCUGAUGUCCUCUGUUUCCCAGGGGUCCUGUUUUGUGAGUGGUAAGUGAAGCAGUAUUAGUGUGCGUGCGUGGUCUCAGUGACAGUCAGUUGUAGGGAUGGCCAGUCUGUGCUCCCAGAAGUAGCCUCUCCAAGACUUGCGCUCCUUUGGAGAACCAACCCAUUAAGAAGUGGACACUAGUGGCAAAUUAAGUAACCAGUGGCCUAAGUGUUUUGGAACUGGGGCUGCUUUGUGCAGUCUCCUGUGCUUGCGAUGAGCAGCUGACACUGUACUUUGUAGGGUAACAUUCUGGCUAGUUUAUUAUCUCAUACAGUUUGCUCUGCCUCGUAACUGGGGUGUGUGAACUUGUGUGAGGAGAACUGUUUUCCCACAGAAACAGUUGACCUCAGAUGGUUCAAGGCAUACUUCCUUGUCCUGGGGCUGAGGGAGCCUUGUGACAAACCUCACAACUAAACCACAGGCUCUAGCACUGUCAGGGUCAAAUCAGCCACCUCCCUUGAGGUCUGAGUGGGCUGUUGUUGAAAGCCACGAGACGUUGCCUCUAUAUGUGCAGGCAGGGGUUAAGCAUUAUGAAUUUGCAAUAGCCAGCCAGCUUUCCCAUAUAAGAGCACUGCAUUCAUUGGCUCUCUCUUUUACUGAGAAAUCUAGCUAGUCAUUUCCUGUGCAAGCCCUUCUUCACUUUGCAAACUGCUAUACAGUUGAGUAAAUAACAAUGAUAUGUGAUUAUUCCUUCUCGCGGGCAGCUUGGAUUCUCUCAUGGACCACCACCAACUAGGAGUUCAACAUUGUGCCGUUAAUAGACUGCUAAUAUGAGCGUGGUCAUCUCUGCAGAAAAGGAGGAGUCUCACCCAUGGAUGUAAAUAAUUCGGGGUCUGCUUUCAUGUUUAUUAACACUUGUUGGUAUUUGACUUGGUUUCUACUGAGAGAUUAUUUACCCUGUGAAGGAUCCAUUGGGACUCCUUGUCAGAUCAGUUCUUGGGUGGAGCUUGCAGCAACUUGGGGACCGUUUUGCUCUUGCUUUUAAACCAGACGGUCUGUCUGUACAAGACUGACAAUAAAUAACUCUCUUGAGUGCUGUGGAGAGAUGGAAACUGCAGCUGAGAAAUGAUUUUGGGGAAAGGAAGACAGAAAAGCGCAAGCAAACUAUUAUGGAAGUACCAAUAGCCCUCUAAAGGAUCGGCAAAUGUACCAGCUAUGGAGUCUGGCUGUAGUCCCAGCAAGGGAGAUUUCUCUUCAGAGAAAACCUGUUAACCAUUGGGAGGGAGUACAUGUGAAUAAGACGGAGUUAUUAAAAAACGCUCUGCUUCAGGUUUAGCCUCCCAGCGGGGGACAUCUUUGGUGAUCUGCAAGAUUAUCUGUACUAGAAAUGGAUAACUUCACAAAUGGGCAGCCGGGCCCAGGUCAGAGGAACAGGUUGAUGGGAUUGCUAGAAACAGAUGACAGUAUCCAGGAAGAUAAACCUGCAUCUAGUAAAAAGGAAGAAAGAUCAGGUCAUGGAAAGAAAGGAGAGCCACGACCGUUGGAGACACCUUAUCAGAAGGAGAGCAGUGACUUUCCUCCUAAAGUCAAGAUUAACCUGAACUAUCGGCCAGGACUCGUCAGCACCCAAAAGGACCCCAAUCGCUUUGACAGAGACAGGCUCUUCAGCGCAGUCUCAAGGGGCAGCCCUGAGGCACUGGAUGGUUUACUUGAGUACUUACGGAGGACCUCCAAAUUUCUCACCAAUUCUGAAUACACAGAUGCAAAGACUGGGAAGACCUGCUUAAUGAAAGCCCUGUUGAACUUAAAAAAUGGAAAGAAUGACACAAUCCCACUUUUGCUGGAAAUAGACCAAAAGACACAGAAUCCCAGGCCACUUGUUAAUGUGGCAUGCUCUGACUGUUACUACAGAGGCCAGACAGCACUCCAUAUUGCCAUAGAGAAAAGGAGCCUAGAUUUAGUGAAACUUCUAGUAGAGAAUGGAGCUGAUGUCCAUGCCAGAGCCCAUGGUGAAUUCUUCAAGAAGAAGAAAGAAGGAGUUUGCUUUUAUUUUGGUGAGCUUCCCCUCUCCUUGGCUGCUUGUACCAACCAGCUUGAGGUGGUGGAAUAUCUUCUAAACAAUCCCCACCAGAAGGCCAGCCUCCAGGAGCAAGAUACACAGGGCAACACAGUCCUCCAUGCCCUGGUGAUGAUUGCAGAUGACACUGAGGAGAACACCAAGUUUGUGAGCACAACAUAUGUUGAGAUCUUAAAGGCAGGUGUGAAGGUUGACCCAACGUGGAAACUGGAGGAGAUAGUGAACUAUGAUGGACUAAAUCCUCUGCAGCUUGCUGCCAAGACAGGCAAAGUGGAGAUCUUCAAGCACAUCAUCCAAAGAGAGAUCAAAGACCCAGUGUACAGGCACCUGUCACGCAAGUUCACUGAAUGGACCUAUGGACCUAUCCAUGUGUCUCUCUAUGACUUGUCCUCUAUAGACAGCUUUGAGGAAAACUCUGUGCUGGAGAUUCUGGCAUACAGCAGUGACACACCGAAUCGGUACAAGAUGGUGGUUUUGGAGCCACUGAACAAACUGCUUCAGCAAAAGUGGGAAACAUUUGCUUCCAAGAGAUUCUACUUCAGUUUUGUCUCAUACUUGUCAUUCAUGAUCAUCUUUACAGCCAUUGCAUACUAUCAACCCUUACGGGUAAAGCCUUCAUUUCCAGUGGAGUUCACAGCUGGAGGCUUCCUGUGGGUCUCUGGACUGAUCAUUAUCUUGCUAGGAGGCAUUUAUCUAAUCUUUGCUCAGAGUCUGUACUUGCGGAGGAGACGACAGUCCCUGAAGACUAUGUGUUCUGACAGCUGCAUUGAGAUCUUGAUCUUCAUCCAGGCUUUCUCAUUGCUGCUGUCAGCUGUCCUGUAUGGUGCAAGUUCAGAAAACUAUGUGGCGGUGAUGGUGUUCUCCCUGCUUUUGGGAUGGGUGAACACGCUGUAUUACACUCGGGGCUUUCAACGCACUGGGAUCUACAGUGUCAUGAUACAGAAGACCAUCCUGAGAGAUCUGCUGCGUUUCCUCUUGGUUUAUAUGAUCUUCCUCUUUGGCUUUGCUGCAGCUCUGGUUACGCUGAUGGGGGAUGCUCCUUCGGUCUCUCAGAACAAGUCUCUUGCUCAGUUGGAGAGUGCUGGGAGCCAUGCUAUGUACGGUGGGCUGCUUAGUGUCUCCCUGGAGCUCUUCAAGAUCACCAUUGGGAUGGGCGACCUGGAUUUCCAGGAACAUGCCAGAUUCAGAUACUUCGUCAUGUUCCUGCUGCUUCUCUUUGUGAUCCUCACUUACAUUCUUUUGCUCAACAUGCUGAUUGCGCUCAUGAGCGAGACUGUCACAGAUAUUUCUGGUUACAGCAAAAGCAUCUGGAAGCUGCAGAGGGCUAUUGCUAUUCUAGAAAUAGAGAAGGCCUGGCUGUGGCGCCAAGGUGGGAAGAGGAGAUCUGGCUGCUUCAUGUCAGUGGGCCUCAAUAAGAAAGAUGAGAGGUGGUGUUUCAGAGUAGAGGAAAUUAAAUGGACGAAUUGGGCAAAGGAUGUGGGAGUUCUUAAGGAAGACCCUGGAAACACCAGUGAUUCAGAAAUAAAUGCAGAAGAGACAAGAUCAUGGAAACGGAUGCCACAGAAACAACUGAGAUCAGCUGUUUCAGAGGAGCAGUCACUAUUACAGUCCCAGCUAUCAGCAGCUGAGAUGAUACCUCUAGAGGGACAAAUGAGAAAUCUUUAGCAGGUUUUCUGGAUUACAACUUUGCUUCCAUCUUCAAAGGAGUAGUUCUUCCUAUAGCGGCUGGAAGAAUUGAAGGCAUUAUCAGUAUUAAAGUACAUUUCAUCGAA